GGUACGAAGAUCUUGGUUGAAGGUCAUGGCUUAAUCUUGAGUUCAACGUCUCAGGAUAACACGCCGAGUCUUGCUAAUAGAGUGAAAAAGAGCGAUGCGCGAGAAAUCGAGAGCUUUUACCAGCAGUACUAUGAGCGUUACGUUCGUUCUCUGGACGAAAGGGAGCAAGCAGACAGAGAUCAAAUCGGGAAAGCUUAUCAAACUGCAAGUGUCCUUUUUGAAGUCCUUUGUGCUGUUAACAAGACUGAGAAAGGCGAAGAAGUCGCGCCAGAGAUCAUUGCUGCUGCCAGAGAUGUCCAGGAAAAGACAGAAAUUUAUGUACCUUAUAACAUCCUUCCCUUGGAUGCCGCCGGUUCUUCACAAUGCAUCAUGCAGCUUGAAGAGAUUAGAGCAGCUGUCGCAGCCCUGAAGAACACACGAGGUUUGAAUUGGCCUUCUGUUGAUAAACAAAAACAGAAAACAGGAGAAUUGGAUCUACUUGAUUGGUUAAGAGUCACGUUUGGGUUUCAGAGAGACAAUGUAAGGAAUCAAAGAGAACACUUGACUUUGCUCCUUGCCAAUGUUCACAUAAGGCUAUCGCCGAAGCCAGAACCUCUUACCAAGUUGGACGAACGUGCUGUGGAUGCAGUUAUGAACAAAAUAUUCAAGAACUACAAAUCAUGGUGUAAAUUCUUGGGGAAGAAACAUAGCUUACGGCUUGCACAAGGUUUACAACCACAAGAAAUUCAGCAGAGAAAGAUUCUCUAUAUGGGUUUGUUUCUCCUUAUUUGGGGUGAAGCUGCGAACAUUCGCUUUAUGCCAGAGUGCUUGUCCUAUAUAUUCCACAACAUGGCAUAUGAGCUACAUGGACUAUUGGGAGGCAAUGUCAGUGUUGUGACAGGAGAGAAUGUUAGGUCUUCAUAUGGAGGAGAUGAUGAAGCAUUCUUGAAGAAAGUAAUCAGCCCAAUUUAUCGUGUCAUAGAAAAGGAAGCUCAGAAAAGCAAUAAUGGAAAUGCCCCACAUUCAGCUUGGUGCAAUUAUGAUGAUCUCAACGAGUACUUCUGGUCCACUGAUUGCUUUUCUUUGGGCUGGCCCAUGAGAGAUGAUGGAGAGUUCUUCAAAUCUAUACGGGAAUCAAGGUCUGCAGUCCAGGGACGCUCAUCUAGGAAAGUGCCUAACAAAAGCAUGGGGAAGGAAAAUUUUGUUGAGACUAGAACAUUUUGGAAUAUCUUUCGAAGUUUUGAUCGCAUGUGGACAUUCUACACAAUUGCAUUACAGGCAAUGAUAAUUGUGGCUUGGAGUGGUUACCCACUGACACAGAUUUUUCAGGAAGAUAUGUUGUACCCAAUAUCUAGCAUUUUCAUAACAGCAGCAAUUUUACGCCUGCUUCAAAGUAUUCUUGAUCUUGUUCUUAAUUUCCCUGGCUACCACAGAUGGAAAUUUACUGAUGUCUCGAGAAAUGUCCUCAAGAUAUUAGUGAGUCUUGCAUGGGCCAUAAUCCUUCCUCUAAGCUAUACAGAUUCUGCAUGGAUAAAGUUGCCCUGGAAUAACAUUGGGCAAUACCUACAUCAGCUAAAUGGCAUACCACCUCUAUAUAUUGCGGCUGUGCUAUUAUAUUUGUUGCCUAAUGUCUUAAAUGGAUUUUUAUUCCUAUUUCCUAUGCUUCGAAGAUGGAUGGAGAAUUCAGAUUGGGGUGUCGUCCGGAUGCUCCUAUGGUGGUCUCAACCAAUGAUUUAUGUUGGGCGUGGUAUGCAUGAAAGUCAAUUUGCACUGUUCAAGUACACAUUGUUUUGGGUGUUGCUGCUAUCUUCCAAGUUUGCAUUUAGUUAUUAUAUGCAGAUCCAACCUCUUGUGAACCCCACAAAGGACAUUAUCAAUGUUCAUGAUAUACAUUUUGUGUGGCAUGAGUUUUUCCCCAAUGCCCGUGGCAACUAUGGUGCUAUUAUUUCACUUUGGGCUCCUGUGGUAUUGGUUUAUUUUAUGGAUACUCAAAUUUGGUAUGCAAUUUUCUCAACAUUAAGUGGAGGUUUCUCUGGAGCAUUUGGUCGACUUGGAGAGAUUCGAACACUAAGCAUGCUGAGAUCACGGUUUUAUUCAUUGCCUGGGGCUUUCAACACAUGCCUUGUACCAUCUGAGAAAGUUCGUAACAAGGGAUUCUCUUUCUCGAAGCGCUUUGCUGAGGCCUCUCCGAAUAAGAGAACUGAAGCAGCAAAAUUUGCUCAGCUAUGGAAUGAAGUAAUAUGUAGCUUUCGGGAGGAAGACCUUAUAAGCGAUAGGGAAAUGGAUCUUUUGCUAGUUCCUUACUCAUCAGAUCCCAGCUUGAAGGUAAUACAAUGGCCACCGUUCCUGCUAUCUAGCAAGAUACCAGUAGCAUUGGAUACGGCUGCCCAGUUUCAAGCAAAGGAUGUUGAUCUAUGGAAACGUAUCUGUGCUGAUGAUUACAUGAAAUGCGCUGUUAUUGAGUGCUAUGAGUCCUUUAAGCUUGUCCUUAACCUUCUUGUAGUCGGGGAGAAUGAGAAAAGGAUUAUUGGUAUCAUUAUUAAAGAAAUUGAAGCUAACAUUGCAAAGAAUACAUUUCUUAGCAAUUUUAGAAUGAGCGCCCUACCAACACUAUGUAAGAAGUUUGUGGAACUUCUGGAUAUCUUGAAAGAGGGUGAUGCAGCUAAACUUGAUACAGUUGUUUUAUUGCUGCAAGACAUGCUAGAAGUAGUCUCCCGUGAUAUGAUGGUUAAUGAGAUCCAUGAGUUAGUUGAGCUGGGGCAUGGUAAUAGAGAUUCAGUUCCUCGAAGACAACUUUUUGCUGGCACAGGUUCAAAACCUGCAAUAGUGUUUCCCCCUGUACUCACCCCACACUGGGAAGAACAGAUUAAGCGGCUUUACCUCCUAUUGACAGUAAAGGAAUCUGCAAUUGAUGUUCCCACAAACCUUGAAGCUCGUAGAAGAAUAGAAUUUUUCUCAAAUUCUUUAUUUAUGGACAUGCCUCGUGCUCCUAGAGUUCGUAAAAUGUUGUCAUUCAGUGUAAUGACUCCAUACUACAGUGAGGAGACUGUGUUUUCAAAAAGUGAUUUGGAUUUGGAGAAUGAAGAUGGUAUCUCUAUAAUCUUUUACCUGCAAAAGAUCUAUCCAGAUGAAUGGAACAAUUUUAUGGAGAGAAUCAAUUGCAAACGAGAAAGUGAGGUUUGGUCAAAUGAAGAAAAUGUUUUGCAACUUCGUCAUUGGGCUUCUCUUAGAGGACAAACACUUUCUAGAACUGUGAGAGGCAUGAUGUACUAUCGCAGAGCUUUGAAGCUCCAGGCUUUUCUGGACAUGGCUCAAGAGAGUGAGAUACUUGAGGGUUAUAAAGUAGUAACCGAUCCUACAGAGGAAGAAAAGAGGAGCCAAAGGUCAUUGUGUGCUCAACUUGAGGCUAUAGCAGAUAUGAAAUUCACAUAUGUUGCGACAUGCCAAAUUUAUGGCAAUCAAAAACGGUCUGGAGAUCGGCGUGCAACAGACAUUUUGAACUUGAUGGUUAACUACCCUUCCCUUCGUGUUGCAUAUAUUGAUGAAGUUGAAGAAAGAGAUGGUGACAAGGUUCAGAAGGUACACUACUCUGUGCUGGUAAAAGCUGUCGACAACCAUGAUCAGGAAAUAUACAGGAUAAAACUACCAGGGCCAGCAAAGAUAGGUGAAGGGAAACCAGAAAAUCAAAAUCAUGCAAUAAUCUUCACUCGUGGUGAAGCUCUUCAGGCCAUUGAUAUGAAUCAAGAUAAUUAUCUAGAGGAGGCAUUUAAAAUGCGCAAUCUUCUGGAAGAAUUUAAUGAAGACCACGGGCUACGCCAGCCUACCAUCCUUGGUGUCCGUGAGCAUAUUUUCACAGGAAGUGUUUCAUCUUUGGCAUGGUUUAUGUCAAAUCAGGAAACAAGUUUUGUGACAAUUGGACAAAGAGUCCUUGCAAGCCCCUUGAAAGUUCGGUUCCAUUAUGGACACCCAGAUGUGUUUGAUAGAAUCUUUCACAUAACUAGAGGUGGCAUCAGUAAGGCAUCUCGAGGGAUCAAUUUAAGUGAAGAUAUAUUUGCUGGCUUUAACUCAACCUUAAGGCGUGGAAAUAUCACCCAUCAUGAAUAUAUCCAGGUUGGAAAAGGUCGUGAUGUUGGACUUAACCAAAUCUCCCUGUUCGAAGCAAAAGUGGCUUGUGGUAAUGGAGAGCAGAUACUUAGCAGAGAUAUCUAUCGCUUAGGGCAUCGUUUUGACUUUUUCCGAAUGCUGUCAUGUUAUUUUACAACCGUUGGAUUCUACAUCAGCUCGAUGUUGGUCGUGAUCAUAGUUUAUGCCUUCUUGUAUGGAAGACUCUACUUGUCACUGAGUGGGAUGGAGGAUGCUAUUAUGACUCAGGCAAGGAAGAGAGGCAAUACUGCUUUGGAGUCAGCAAUGGCAUCUCAGUCAGUGGUUCAAUUAGGUUUGCUAAUGGCUUUACCAAUGAUAAUGGAGAUUGCACUAGAAAGAGGUUUCAGGACUGCCCUUGGCGAUUUCAUCAUAAUGCAGCUUCAGCUUUGCUCUGUGUUCUUCACAUUCUCCCUAGGAACAAAGUCUCAUUACUUCGGAAGAACAGUGCUGCAUGGUGGAGCUAAAUACAGAGCCACAGGAAGAGGAUUCGUUGUCCGGCAUGUUAAGUUCGCUGAGAAUUAUAGGAUGUAUUCAAGGAGCCACUUUGUUAAAGGGUUGGAGCUGAUGAUAAUGCUGAUAGUUUAUCAGAUCUAUGGUUCAGUGGCUACUGAUUCGAUGGCUUAUAUUCUUCUGACAUCAUCAAUGUGGUUCCUAGUUGGUACAUGGCUUUUUGCACCAUUCCUUUUCAACCCCUCAGGCUUCGAAUGGCAAAAGAUAGUGGAAGACUGGGAUGACUGGAGCAAAUGGAUAAACAGUUGGGGUGGAAUUGGUGUGCCAGCAAACAAGAGUUGGGAAUCUUGGUGGGAUGAAGAACAAGAACAUUUGCAGUCAACCGGUUUGUUAGGGAGGUUCUGGGAAAUAGUGCUCUCUCUGCGGUUCUUCAUUUUCCAAUACGGCAUCGUGUAUCAUCUUCAUGUUUCAAAUGGCGACACAAACAUCAUAGUGUAUGGAUUGUCCUGGUUCGUGAUUGCAGCGGUAUUUUUGAUACUGAAGGUGGUGUCGAUGGGGAGGCUGAAGUUUAGCGCAGAUUUCCAGCUCUUGUUCCGGCUGCUUAAGUUGCUACUUUUCAUUGGAUUUGUGGGAACUCUGAGCAUUCUCUUCAUCUUCCUCAAUCUCACUGUAGGAGACAUCUCUUGCAGCAUCCUCGCUUUCAUGCCUACUGGUUGGGCUUUGCUUCAGAUUUCACAGUCACUGAGGCCAGUGGUGAAGGGGCUGGGAUUGUGGGGCUCCGUCAAAGCGUUGGCCAGGGGUUACGAGUACGUGAUGGGGCUGGUGAUCUUCGCGCCGGUGGCCGUCCUUGCCUGGUUCCCGUUCGUGUCGGAGUUCCAGACAAGGCUACUGUUCAACCAGGCCUUCAGCCGAGGGCUGCAAAUAUCACGUAUUUUGGCCGGAGGGAAGAAGCACAGCUGAGCUGAGCCCGUCGUUCCAAUGUGCCGUCAGUCAUUCACACGUGUACACCAAAAUGUACUCGAUUCAGUGCAUGCAAAAUUCUGCGACUGAAGCUUCCCUUCUUCAAUAAACUCGAUGACAUUUUUUCUAUUGUUUUCCAAACCAUCAUAGAGUUUAUGAAUUUUACCAAUGACCCAAUUGUGGAUGUCAAUU